UGUUUUGUUCCUCAGGGUUCAUGCGGCUCGUGCUGGGCCUUCAGCUCGGCGGGGGCCCUGGAAGGUCAGCUGGCCAAGACCACGGGUGAGCUGAGAGACCUCAGCCCUCAGAACCUGGUGGACUGUGUGACGGAGAACAGCGGCUGUGGAGGAGGAUACAUGACCAACGCUUUCAAGUACGUCAGGGACAACGGAGGUAUCGACUCAGAGGAGGCCUACCCUUACGUGGGACAGGCAGAGGUAUGCAGCUACAAUUCGUCCGGAACAGCUGCCGAGUGCCGUAGCUACAAAGAAAUUCCCGAAGGCGAUGAGCACGCCCUGGCUGUGGCGCUCUUCAAGGUUGGGCCAAUCUCUGUUGGCAUUGACGCCUCCCAGGGGACCUUCCAGUUCUACCAGAGAGGUCAGUGAACACAGCAUGAAGCCUCACAUCAUGUCACGCCAUGUCGUCAGGCACAUCCCGCCACAUCAUGUGACGUCAUCCCACAAGUCAAUUUAUUUCAGGCCACAGCAGGUCACAUCAUGU